AUGUUUGUUUACGAGUUUAUGGCUGGUUUAGUGGACCACAUAAAAGGAGGAGAAGAGGCUGAGUCGUACGAUCCACACGAACACCGAAAAGUUGAGAAACCUACAUCCUAUUCAGACACAAUGAUCCAUUUACUGAAGGGAAGUGUAGGUGCAGGCGUGUUGGCUAUGUCAGAUGCAGUUAGUAGAGUGGGAAUCAUCACCAGCAUAUGUGGUAUCCUGCUGAUUGGUUUCUUCGCAACAUAUUGUGUUCAGCUUCUUAUUGCAGCACAAUAUGAACUGUGCAAGAGAUGGCGAUGUGGCUACUUAGCGUAUCCAAAAUCGAUGUUGCUAGCUGUUCAAGACGGCCCUCCUUGUAUGCGCUGGGUGGCUCGAACUCUUUAUUAUUUUGUAGAUACCGUUCUCGUUUUAUGGCAACUCGGUAUCUGCUGCAUCUAUUGCGUGUUUGUUGCAGAAAAUAUGAAACAAGUUUUUGACUUUUACGGACAAGAAAUGUCUUUGAGGCUACAUCUUUGCUUUUUAAUAGUACCUCUCACGAUCAUGGGCCUAGUCAAAGACCUCAAGUUGCUAACCCCUUUUUCAUCAAUUUCAAAUGUGGUUACAUUGUUUGGAUUUAUUCUUGUAUUUUUUUACCUUAUCGAAAACGACGUCAUAGUUGACGAAGAUAAACUUAAAAUUAAAGGCUUCAAAGAAAUACCAUUUUUCAUUGGUACCACAUUAUUUGCACUUGAAGCUGUCGGAGUGGUAUUGGCAUUAGAGUACAACAUGGAAAACCCUAAGCAAUUUGUGGGAUUAUUCGGUUUAUUCAACAUCGGUAUGGUUAUAAUCAUGUCCCUUUAUUUGUUAAUGGGGAUUUUUGGAUACCUUAAGUAUGGAGAUGACGUAAAAGCUUCCAUCACGCUAAACUUACCCCAGGAUCAAAAAAAGGCACAAGCCGCGAAACUCAUAUUUGCGGUAUCAAUAUUUUUGACAUUUCCACUACAGAAUUUCGUUGCAUAUAAUAUUCUCUGGAGAAAAUUAAAAAAAAUAUUCAAGAAGCAUCUUUGGGGUAUCGACUACUUUUUACGUAUUCUUCUUGUUGUUAUUCCGUGGUCGGUAGCAGUAGCGGUGCCAAAACUUGGACCUUUUAUCGCACUUUUCGGUGCACUGUGCCUCUCACUGUUGGCGAUGGUUUUCCCGGGUCUCAUGGAUGCGUGCGUGUGGUACCCCACGACCUAUGGAUUGUGUCGUUACCGCCUGCUUCGUGACAUAUUUAUAGUCAUUGUAGGAGUUGCUUGCCUACUUUCAGGAUGUUACACUAGUUUACUAGAAAUAGCAGCAUCAUCUGAGGAAGAUUAAUUUUAUUCGCGUAUGCAUUAAAGUGUCCAAAAUAAAUAAAAAUUAUAAAUUU